UGAUUUUUCGAAGUUAUGGGUCUACUUAAUUGUCAUCUGUCAACUUCAGUUAGAGAGCACAAAAUAAAAAUGUCAACACCUGUAUUACAUGAUAAUCAAGUUGGGAGCUGCCUUUUUUGCCGUAUAGCACACAACCAAGAACCAAACUCCAGACUGUUGUAUGAUAAAAAUGACAUUGUAGUUUUUAAAGACAUUAGGCCAGCAUCAGAACAUCACUUUCUUGUUGUUCCAAAAAACCAUGUUAAAGAUCCUAAACAGCUAGGGCCGAAGGAUAUUAGUCUUGUUGAAAAUUUAGUUACGGUUGGCAAGGAAAUGCUUAAUGAAGUAGGAGCUGAUCUCUCUGAUGUUCAAUUACCUAUGGCUGACUGGGGCUAUGCGCAGUACGGUGAUGAUGAAGAAAAUGAAGACGAAGAUGAAGAGCUUGGACCUCAGUUUGGCUUCACCCAAAAAGAUGGUCUGAUCUUUUUAAUCGAUUCAUCUAAAUCAAUGUUUGAGGGCAAUUGUCUCUUUCAGUUGUGUUUGCAGGCAGUCAAGUCAACUAUUCAGAAUAAAAUUAUAAGCAGUGAGAAGGAUUUGAUUGGAACAGUUUUUUUUGGCACUGAGAAGGGAGCUAACCCAAAUGAUUUCAAACACAUAUACGUGUUUCAGGGCUUGGAACAGCCAGGAGCAAAAAGAAUUUUGGAGUUGGAGAAAUUAGAACAAAGCUGCGCUGAGACCUUCACAAAAGAUUUCGGCCACUCAGAACAUUUUUCUCUCAGUGAUGCCUUUUGGACAUGUUUGAAUAUGUUCUCAUCAGCUGAUGGGGCCCAGAGCAUGGGCUCCAAGAGAAUUCUUCUCUUCACCAACAAUGAUGACCCUCACGCCACCAACACAAAGCUCAAAAACUUGGCUGAAACUAAAGCGUAUGAUCUAAAAAGUAACAACAUUGACUUGGAGUUAAUACAUCUAACUAAUGGUGAUGAGAGAUUUGAUGUGAACAAGUUUUAUAAGAAACUACUUUUUUCUGAUGAUGAUGAGACUACUCAGCUGCCCGAUGCAUCAGUAAAAAUUGAAGAAUUGCUACAAAGAGUUCGAGCUAAAGAUCAUAAGAAAAGAGUUCAGCGAAGGGUUUCUUUCAGCAUUGGUGAAGGUCUACAUUUAUCUGUGGGAGUGUACAAUCUUGUAAGAAGUUGCCCCAAGCCAUAUCCAGUUAAACUUACUAAAAGGGAAAAUGCUGAGUUAAAAAGUCAUACAAAGACAUAUUUAAAAGAUACUGGAGAAGUGCUGAUGCCACAGGACUUAAAGAAAGCUCAGACUUAUGGUGGACGGAAAAUUUGUUUUGAAAAUGAUGAGGUCUCCGAGAUGAAACAAUUUGAGGACCCUGGUCUGUAUCUGGUGGGGUUUAAGCCAAUCACAAGCUUAAAGAAGUAUUUUCAUGUUAGGCCAGGGAAUUUCAUCUAUCCUGAUGAGAAGAAAAUAGCUGGCAGCACCACCCUGUUCACUGCUCUUCUGAAGAAGUGUUUGGAGCGUGAAAUGACACCAAUAUGUAAAUACAUACCAAGCCGUAGCUACCCACCCAGAUUUGUCUCCCUUUUACCUCAGGCAGAAGAAGUUGAUGAAAACAAGGUGCAGAUAACUCCACCUGGUUUCCAUGUCAUCUAUUUACCUUUUGCUGAUGACUUUCGAAAAGUUCCCUUUGAAGAGACACCUAAAGCAACUAAGGAGCAAAUAGCUAAAGCCAAAGAUGUGGUAAAAAAAUUAACGUUUAAGUUUUCUAGCGAAAACUUUGACAAUCCAGUUCUACAAAAACACUGGAGAAAUAUAGAAGCUCUGGCACUAGAGAGGGAUGAGCCAGACAAGUUUGAGGAUCUAACUUUACCUACACAGACUCUGAUGGACCGUGCAGGGAAGGCUAUAACUGCAUUCAAAGAGAUGGUUUUCCCAGCUGACUAUGUACCAGGGCAGAAAAAGAAGCCAUCUGCUGCCAAGAAGCCAAAGAUGGAGAACGCAACAAUAGAUUUAGAUAUGAGGGCUGAGGCUGAAGCAGGGAGGCUGAACAAGUUGACUGUGCCAGUGCUGAAAGAUUUUGUGAAGAGAGAAAAAAUUCCAGCCACAAGUACAUUAAAGAAAGACUUGGUCGCAGCCAUUAGUCAGCACUUUGGUGUUUGAUCUCACAAGCCGGACCCACAACUUGUUUCUAGCUGGAUGUACACAAUCUAAUUGUACCCUGAUGCUGUUAAUAUUCAUAAUAAAAUAUAACCUAUUCA